GUGGGCAUUUCUGCCUUCAGCGGUUUCGGAGAGCCUGGGCUGACUAAUUGAGAAAAUGCAGAAGGUCUUGCAGACAGAUGACAUCACCGACAACCAAGUUCUUAGAAAAAGAAAGAGGAAACGGACAGAGACGGCGAACUCAGAAAAUGCAAAUAGUGCCUCGGAUAAAGCGCAGAGAGACCCUUAUUCAGGAAAUGCCUUCCUGCCUGGGGAGAGUUCCAGCGAUGAGGAAACCCCCUUAGUGGAACUGUCCAAGGAGGAACUUUGUAACAAAAUCGAAAGCCUGAAAGAAAAGCUGAGAAGCAUCCGGAAAGAGAACAGUCGGCUUCGACAGUCUUUGGUCAUGCUGCAAGUGUUACCGCAGGCAGUCACCCAGUUUGAAGAACUGGUCGGAAUGGCAGAGACCCUUCUUAAGAGUGGAGGGGCCAUGUCCACACCAGCAUCCACUCUCUGGAGAGCAACAAACAACUCCUCCCCAGAUUCGUUUGCCUCUCUGUGCAGUAAUUCCAACUCUACUUCCAGCUCCCCAAGUUCCCUGAAGGCUGAGGAGGAGCAGCAGCCUGGCGAGAAGCAGUUCACGAUUGAGAGAUGGCAGAUUGCCCGUUGUAAUAAGAGCAAGCCUCAGAAAUUUAUUAAUGAUUUAAUGCAAGUGCUUUACACAAAUGAAUACAUGGCCACACACAGUCUGACUGGGGCAAAAUCCUCUACUUCAAGGGACAAGGUUGUAAAACCAGCUAUGAAUCAGAACGAAGUUCAAGAAAUCAUAGGAGUAACGAAGCAGGUGUUUCCCAGCGCCGAUGACGUCUCCAUCAGACGGAUGAUUGGACAGAAGCUCAAUAACUGCACCAAGAAGCCGAGCUUGAGCAAAGCUCCGACCUCUCAGGAGAUUAAGUAGAUCGUAACGGUAUCUUAAAAAAUAAAACAUGCUUGUUUCUACGUCAAACAUUGGAUUUUGCUGGAGAAUGCGAGACACGUCGAGGAUUGGCUGUAGUAGCCAUGGCUUUCCUGGUGGAGCAGUCGGACUGGCUGUAGUAAGAAGCUGCAUGCAGAUCCCAUACUAAUUAACCAGUGAUGCAUCAAACCCGAGAAUGUCUGUCAAACAAGCAUGCGAUACGGUUCCUUUGGAAAUAACGCAUCUUUCACAGCCCCGAAUACUUCCCUGUAAACUAACUUAAGGUAAUACCAGCUCGUAUCACAGCAACAAAAACAUCCACCCUUCCGGAUCUCAGUCACUGUCUUCAACAAACGUUGGGAAUUAUUACUAUCAGUGACUCCCCGUUACGCUUUUUAUUUGGUGGGGAGGGGCUUUAGCAAGCACAGGUUUGGUAAAAAUACAUUGUCUACCCACACGAAAGGAGCAGAGUGAGCCUAAGGGACAAUAACCAUGUGUAACCAAGCAAUGAUGACUUAACAUAUAAGUGAUCUAAAAACGUGCGAAGUAGGAUUAUGGAAAAAACGAAAAACAUAAAGUCUUUUCCAUCUUCAGCUAUCCCAACGCACUCCUCACAGCCUAAAUUCCCAUUUUUGUUUAUUAAUUCCAUGCACUGACUUUUUUUAAUAGUCUCCUAGUCUGUGAGGAAAACAUGCCCCUCAGUGUCCAUUGUUAUCCAGAACAUAACUAGAUUCAGGCAUGUAAUCAUAAAUACAUCCCCUAAAGCGCACGUAGGACAUGACAUCAUGCCUGAUCAGCCGUGAUACUAAACUGCUUUAAUUUUAACCUGUUUACUUCCACUAUAGCAGAAGGAAAAUUAACUGAAAAAAAAUACUGAUUUAAUAAUGGCAUGGAAGAUGCCAUUUUGUAAAUCAACCAAAAAUAGUCUUCAAAGACUUUUCCCUUGAUAAAAGAUCCCCGACUACUUUGCAAUGAGAAGGUAUACCCUUCUCUUUCUCUCCAGUCCCCGCUUCCUUUCCCUCUGAGACAGGGUUUCUCUGUGUGGCCCCUGGUUAUCCUGGAACUCACUCUAUAGACCAGGCUGGCCUCACACUCAGAGAUCUACUUGCCUCUGCCUCCAAAGUUCUGGGAUUGAUGGUGUACACCACCCCUGCCCAGCGAAGCUAUUCGUGAGUUUGUAGACUGAUGUGGAAGCUUGGAAAGGGGGAUUUCUAAAGUACAGUGCAGUGGACCCAGGGAUUACUCUGUAAAGGUUGCUUGAUAUAACAGUGCAGUUGUGCAAAAACACAUACUCACGAUGAAGUAAAUUAUGUGACAUUUGCUACUUUUAAUUAAAUAAAAUUUAACUCCAUUGAAAAUGAA